AUGUCUAAGAAAGGCCGGAGCAAGGGCGAGAAGCCCGAGAUGGAGAUGGACGCGGUGCAGAUGGCCAACGAGGAGCUGCGGGCCAAGCUGACCAGCAUUCAGAUCGAGUUCCAGCAGGAAAAGAGCAAGGUGGGCAAACUGCGCGAGCGGCUGCAGGAGGCCAAGCUGGAGCGCGAGCAGGAGCAGCGGCGGCACACGGCCUACAUCUCGGAGCUCAGGGCCAAGCUGCACGAGGAGAAGACCAAGGAGCUGCAGGCGCUGCGCGAGGUGCUCAUCCGCCAGCACGAGCAGGAGGCGGCGCGCACGGCCAAGAUCAAGGAGGGCGAGCUGCAGCGGCUGCAGGCCACGCUGAACGUGCUGCGCGACGGCGCGGCCGACAAGGUCAAGACGGCGCUGCUGGCCGAGGCGCGCGAGGAGGCGCGCAGGACCUUCGAUGGCGAGCGCCUGCGGCUGCAGCAGGAGAUCCUGGAGCUCAAGGCGGCGCGCAAGCAGGCGGAGGAGGCGCUCAGCAACUGCAUGCAGGCCGACAAGACCAAGGCGGCCGACCUGCGCGCCGCCUACCAGGCGCACCAGGACGAGGUGCACCGCAUCAAGCGCGAGUGCGAGCGCGAUAUCCGCCGGCUGAUGGAUGAGAUCAAGGGAAAAGAUCGCGUGAUUCUGGCCUUGGAGAAGGAACUUGGCGUGCAGACUGGGCAGACCCAGAAGCUGCUUCUUCAGAAAGAGGCUUUGGAUGAGCAGUUGGUUCAGGUCAGAGAGGCUGAGCGGUACCACGGUAGUCCAAAGAGAGAGCUCCCACCUGGCAUAGGGGACAUGGCAGAGCUCAUGGGCGUCCAGGAUCAACAUAUGGACGAGCGAGAUGUGCGGCGAUUUCAGCUAAAAAUUGCUGAACUGAAUUCAGUGAUACGGAAGCUGGAAGACAGAAAUACCCUCCUGGCAGACGAGAGGAAUGAACUGCUGAAACGUUCCCGUGAGACCGAGGUCCAGCUGAAGCCCCUGGUGGAGAAGAACAAGCGAAUGAACAAGAAGAAUGAGGACUUGCUGCAGAGCAUCCAGAGGAUGGAGGAGAAGCUUAAGAACCUCACGCGGGAAAACGUGGAGAUGAAAGAGAAGCUGUCGGCCCAGGCAUCCCUGAAGAGGCACACUUCCUUAAACGACCUUAGUCUGACAAGGGAUGAGCAGGAGAUCGAGUUCCUGCGGCUGCAGGUGCUGGAGCAGCAGCAUGUCAUCGACGAUCUCUCACUGGAGAGGGAACGGCUCUUGCGCUCCAGAAGACAUCGUGGGAAGGGCCUGAAGCCGCCCAAGAAGCAUGUUGUGGAGACAUUUUUUGGAUUUGACGAGGAGUCUGUGGACUCGGAAACGCUGUCAGAGACGUCCUGCAACACAGACAGGACGGACAGGGCUCCAGCCACACCCGAGGAGGACUUGGACGACACUACAACCCGAGAAGAGGCUGACCUGAGGUUCUGCCAGCUGACCCGGGAGUACCAGGCCUUACAGCGUGCCUACGCCCUGCUUCAGGAGCAGGUCGGGGGGACGCUGGACGCCGAGCGGGAGGCCCGGACUCGGGAACAGCUCCAAGCUGACCUGCUGAGGUGUCAGGCCAAAAUUGAGGAUCUGGAGAAGUUACUGGUUGAAAAGGGACAGGAUUCCAAAUGGGUUGAAGAGAAGCAGCUGCUCAUCAGAACAAACCAAGACUUGCUGGAAAAGAUUUACAGGCUGGAAAUGGAAGAGAACCAGCUGAAGAACGAAAUGCAAGACGCAAAGGAUCAGAACGAGCUGUUAGAAUUCAGAGUGCUAGAACUCGAAGAGAGAGAGCGGAGGUCGCCAGCAUUUAACCUCCAAAUCACCACCUUCCCCGAGAACAACAGCAGCGCCCUCCAGCUGUUCUGUCACCAGGAAGGAGUUAAGGAUGUGAAUAUUUCUGAACUUAUGAAGAAAUUAGAUAUCCUUGGCGAUAACGGGAAUUUGAGAAAUGAAGAACAGGUUGCAAUAAUCCAGGCUGGAACUGUGCUUGCCCUGUGUGAAAAGUGGCUGAAGCAAAUAGAGGGAACGGAGGCAGCCCUGACCCAGAAGAUGCUAGACUUGGAGAAAGAGAAGGACCUGUUCAGUAGGCAGAAGGGCUACCUGGAGGAGGAGCUGGACUACAGGAAGCAAGCCCUCGACCAGGCUUACCUGAAAAUCCAGGAGCUGGAGGCCACGCUGUACGAUGCGCUGCAGCAGGAGCCGGGGCGGCGGGCCAGCGAGGCGCUGAGCGAGGGCCAGCGGGAGGACCUGCAGGCCGCCGUGGAGAAGCUGCGCAGGCAGAUACUGCGGCAGAGCCGGGAGUUCGACAGCCAGAUCCUGCGGGAGCGCAUGGAACUGCUGCAGCAGGCCCAGCAGAGAAUCCGAGACUUGGAGGAUAAACUGGAGCUCCAGAAGCGACAUCUGAAAGAGCUAGAGGAAAAGUUUUUGUUCCUUUUUUUGUUUUUCUCACUAGCAUUCAUUCUGUGGCCUUGAUGACUUCCGUGAGCCGAGAACUCGGGUUGGUAUCCUUUCAUUUUCACUGAUAAAAGUGAUUUUUCCAAAAAGGAGAUUUCUUCCCAGCUCUGACUGUCACAUUCCUUUAGGCACCGUGGAAGGUGGCC